AUGGUUGUUCUCGUCACUGUUUGGACUGUAGCUUUCUUCUUUACCAACCUACUCCAAUGUUUUCCAAUUUCAACCAAUGAGAUGUUCCUGGCGCAGGCGUGGUCCGAUGUGAUCACUGAUGGUAACCGUCCAACUGCUGCUAGAGCCACGCAGGAUUCUAACAAGCUCAACAGUAAUGAUUCUCUGCUUACCUAUUCCAUGCGUCUGGAGGCUUCAGAUGCCGACGUCCCGAAAAGUUGCAGUCUGUAG